AUGUCAAUUUUCUUCAUCAAUCGGAUCUUUUCUCUAGAAAAUUCACCACGAUUUUACGCACCGCAAAGUUUCCAAGCCCUCGCCAGCGUUUACCGCAGUCUGGAAUUUCCCUUCAGUUACAAGCGCUACGGGUACCUGAGGUGUGGGUCUGCCACCAAUGUUCCCGCCUGCCAGGAAGUCACCGGUACCUCCGCGGCGGGUACCGAAGUGCUGGCUUACCAAACCAAACAGCGGCCAGUAGGACUGCGCCACAGGCCCCUCUGCCAUUCCCCAAAGGAAAGUCUUCCUCGUCUCGGAACUCCCUUUGUUUCGAUCUUCCCCUUUUCCCGCGAUGUGCUUCGUUCUCUUGGUCGAUUUGACCCCGAAAUCCCCGCUCAUCUCCAUUACGGUACUGUUGAUCAAUGGAUACGGUCGCUUUCCAUCCUGGUUGUGAACGACCGUGAUUCGGACUCGUCGGGGAAGGUCGAAGAAAGCCGGUGGAAACCCAUCGGCCUCAGUGACAACCUGUCCAUGCAGGACUAUAGUGGACUACCAUCUGACGGUUGA